GUUGGCUCGGUUCGGGGCGCAGCCCGGGACUCCGAGCAGCUUCUGCAGCCUUCGGCGGCCGGGGCUCCCCGCUGCUGAUCCCCACAGCCCCCGGAGCUCACAGGAGGGCGUCGCCGCCACGGAGCUCAUCGCUUUGGCCACAGUUACCAAGAAACAUGAGCUCUGGCACUUUGGGCCGACGCCUGGUGGCGUGUCUUCUCAACGUGUCUGAGGCUCGCAGGAGAGACGUGGUGGAGCGCGUCGCCCGAGCGGCUCUGUGCAACGUCGAAGGGGUGAAACGGGAGGACACCACAGUUCUGAACAUCUUCAGUGAUCACGACUACAACCGCUCCGUCAUCACCAUCGUGGCCUCCAUUGACUCCAUCAGGGAGGCGGUUCUUUCUGCGUGCCAGAAGGCGUGCACGCUCAUCGACAUGAGUUCACACAUGGGGGUCCACCCUUGUUUGGGCGCCGUUGACCUCAUACCUAUUUAUCCCCUGGGGGAGGACAUGGGAGUGGAGAAGUGCGCUCAGGAGGCUCGGGCUGUAGCUCAGGAGCUCACAGAAAGGGUCCAGGGUACAAGCGCCUUUCUGUUCGGCUGGGCUGACUCCCCCUUACAGCGGGGGCUGGCGCACAGGAGGAAGGAGUUGGACUGGUUCAAGAAGAGCUCGGACUUACAGGCCAUAAGGCCCGAUGUUGGGCCACAACCACAGAGACGGUACGGCCUGACAGGCGUCGGGGCCAGUCCAUACGUCAUGAACUGUAAUGUCACUAUCGACACCCAUGACAUGGCCAUCGGCCGCAGCGUUGCCGCAGCCAUCAGGGAGUCCACGCCCGGGGGCCUCCCUGGAGUCCAGGCGCUGGCGUUGCCCCACGAGGGCGCUGUGGAAAUUGCCUGUAAUGUGGAGAGCACGGAGGGCCCCCCGCUCGGUCACCUGACAAAUGACCCCUGGCCGUGUUUCAGCAUCGACGGGACGCCAUACUGCCACGCCCCGGCCGCCCUCAUCACAACCAGGGUAGCUGAGCUGGCAGGAGGACAGGGGGUGGGCGUGAAGGGCACCGCCCUGGUGGGGUUUACCCCCCACGAGUGCAAGGACUUGGCAGAGUUUGCGUUGUCUCAAGGGAUCGGCGAGUUCUGGAAGGAGCAGCGGAGGAUUCGGAUGUAAACAACCUGGUGACGAUCUCACCAUGAGA